CCGUAGCCGGCACUAAGCUCAGCUCUAGCAGAGAAGGAGGUCCAGAAAAGGUCCUUUGGGUUCUCUACUUGAGCUCUCUUUGUUCCAGGGGCUCCAGUAUAGUCAUGGAUCAACCCUCGAAGACGGACGAGGCUCACCGUGAGGCACACACUACUAGAACGGAUACAGGCCAUUACUCCCACUCACCACCCUCCCAUGUCCACUACAGACCAGACCACAGUGGAGCCUACUACCCCUGGGAACCCCCUCACCCUCCAUCUCACCAUCAUGGCGGAUUCCACCAUCAAAAUGAAUCCCAGCACUUUCGUGAGUCCUCAGACUCUCAAGAUGGUGCUUUCUUCCAUCAGUCCCAUCACUAUAACAAAUCCCACAUCUCCACAACAUCUAGUACUGCUCCUUACCAUUCGGGUGGACGCCAUGGUGGAUCUCACCCCCAUACUGAGUCUCACCACCAUGGUAGGCCCCAUGAUGGAUCUCAUCUCUAUACCGACUCCCACCCCCAUAGUGGGCCCCAAGGUGGACCUCAUCCCCCCUAUACUGAGUUCCACCACCAUGGUGGGCCCCAUGGUGGAUUUUAUCCCUAUCCUGAGUCCCAUUACCAUGGUGGGCCCCAAGAUGGAUAUCAUCCCCAUCGUGAGUCCCACCACCACCACAGACAACCCCAAGAUGGACAUUACUCUUAUGGAGGAUCCCAUCGAGGUAGUGAGACUUCAUCCCAUUUCUCUACUGCGUCAUCUGGCAAAAAGGGUGCUUCCCACCCGGGGAAAUCCCAUGAAUCCCAUCAUCAAGCCCACCACAAUGGCAGGCUUCACCCUACCGAAUUCCAACACGACCAAAAGCAACCUCAUCCUGGAGAGAGCCCCUCCCACCAGUCCUUUGAGGGGUCCUCCAAGCAGGGAAGACCUCAGCCCCGUGGCGGCCAUCAGGCAGGCCCCCAAGCCACCCAUCACCAUGGUGAGCGUCCCCCCCACAGAGAGCACCGGUCCCACAAAGAACAUCAUCAUCGAGAGCAUCUUCGCCCCAAAGAGCGUUCCCACCGUGGCUAUCCAAGUGUCGACCAACUCUCUGUGAUACAGAAGUCCCACAGCACCGUUGGCGGCUCCCCUUCUCAAAUCGGAGCCAAAAGCUCAGUCUUCAGUGUGCCUCGCUCCCACUUGACAAGUCGAUCGGGCACCUCUCGUGUUUCCAGCAGAAUCCAUCCCAAGGAGAGCUCCGAAGAAUCCGACUCCUGGAAUGAAGACGACCACUUUCAGAAGCGCAAGAGGACCCAGCGGACCCACAAGAAGCAACGUUCUGGGAAUAUCUUCCAAUUUAUUUGGGGAAAAAUAAGUCGCCUCAUUUGGGGUCUCCGGCAAAUGAUGAGGUCACUGACUCAGUCCCUGGGCUUUGAGACCUUCAUCUUCAUCGUGGUCUGCCUCAACACAAUCGUCCUUGUGGCCCAGACCUUCACUGAGUUAGAGAUCAGAGGUGAAUGGAACUUCAUGGUCUUGGACGCCAUUUUCCUCUCGAUCUACGUACUAGAAGCUGUGCUCAAGCUGAUUGCCCUGGGUCUGGAGUAUUUUUACGACCCAUGGAAUAAUUUGGACUUCUUCAUCAUGGGCAUGGUAAUGCUGGACUUUGUGCUUAUCCAGAUCAACUCCCUCUCCUACUCGUUCUACAACCACAGCCUGUUCCGGGUCCUCAAAGUCUUCAAGAGCAUGCGGGCUCUGAGGGCCAUCCGGGUCCUUCGGAGGCUCAGCAUCCUCACCAGUCUCCACGAGGUGACAGGGACUCUGAGCGGAUCUUUGCCGUCUAUCACAGCCAUCCUGUCCCUCAUGUUUACCUGCCUCUUCCUCUUCUCUGUGGUGUUCCGGGCAUUGUUCCGGACAUCGGACCCCAAGCGCUUCCAGAACAUCUUCACCACCCUGUUCACCCUCUUCACUAUGCUCACCUUGGAUGACUGGUCCCUCAUCUACAUGGACAGCAGGGCCCAGGGGGCCUGGUACAUCAUCCCCAUCCUCAUGGUUUAUAUCAUCAUCCAGUACUUCAUUUUCCUCAACCUGGUGAUUGCUGUCCUGGUAGAUAGCUUCCAGAUGGCGCUUCUCAAAGGCCUAGAGAAAGUGAAACUGGAGAAAGCUGCCCGGUUCCACGAGAAGUUGCUGGAUGACUCUCUGACACAGCUCAACAAAACAGAUGCUGAUGCCCAGAUGAGCGACAGUGCCUUGCAGGCACAGUUUAUCGAGAGAAUGUUCAGCAACAUGACAGAGAGGCAGCGGGAGCUUCACUUCCAGUACCUACAAUUGGUGGCAUCGGUGGAGCAGCACCAGCAGAAGUUCCGUUCCCAAGCAUCUGUCAUCGAUGAGAUUGUCGACACUGCAUUUGAGACUGGAGAAGAGGAUUUCGGGAAAUGACCCUGAGGAGUACCACCGUGUUGACUUGAGUCUUUGGCAAGUGGCCUACCAGGGUGGGUUGGGACAAGUUCCUAACUCUGCUGGCAUUCUUAUCCAGAACCAUGCUGGACUGAGGUCCCAACAAAGUUUUAAAAAGCC